AUGAUAGUGUGUUCACUGCUGUCCAACGGAGUGGUGGCUCUGUUCGGACCGUUGAGUGUGAGUCCGGUGUCAACGCACACCCAAUCCAUAUGCGAUGCGUUGGAAAUACCACACGUCGAGAGUCGUUGGGAUUUUCAGCUCCAAAGGGAUGACCUCUCCAUUAAUCUAUACCCAAAACCAUCCGUUUUGUCCAAAGCCUACGUAGACUUAGUUAAGGCAUGGAAUUGGAAAGUAUUUGCCAUCGCAUACGAAAAUAAUGAAGGGAUAAUCCGAGUUCAAGACUUCCUGAAGGAGGCCGAGCGUAAUAAUUGGCAGAUAUUGUUGUACCAGUUUGUAUCGGGACAGCCCUAUAGAGAUACCUUCUGGGAGAUCAAUAAAUCCAAGACUCGAGUCGUCAAUAUUGUUCUCGAUGUGAAGCGUCAGAAUCUGGUCAAUGUGCUCAGACAUGCACAACAGGUGGGAAUGAUGACCGAAAUACACAGUUAUCUCAUUACAUCACUCUCUAUACCAUCCAGUUCC